AUGUGCGGCUCGGGCUCAACCAAAGCUGGCUAUGCAAAGAUAUUGUUCUGCAGAGAUCAAGCGAAGCAAGAUAAUUUAGAAUAUUUCUGGGUGGACUCCUGUUGCAUUGACAGGUCCAGCAGCCAGGAGCUUUCAGAAGCUAUCAACUCCAUGUUCAACUGGUACAAGAGUGCGGAAAGAUGUUACGUGUUCCUAUCGGAUGUAUCAAAUAGCGCUGGCGCGGAAGACGACACUCAUGCUAGGAGGUGGAAGUCAUUCUUCAAAACUAGUAGAUGGUUUACUCGAGGUUGGACACUCCAAGAGCUGAUCGCGCCUCGUUCAGUGGAGUUCUUCUCUAAAGAGGGCAUACGUCUCGGCGACAAACAAUCCCUCGCGCAGACUAUCCAUGAGAUCACGAAGAUUGCAAUAGACGCGCUUUGGGGGCGAGACCUGUCACAAUUCAGCAAUAUCGAGCGCUUCUCGUGGGCGGAAGGACGGGAGACCACUCGGGAGGAGGAUGCAGCUUACUGUUUGCUAGGCAUAUUCGAUGUCCAGAUGCCCUUAUUAUACAGCGAAGGGAAGGUGAAAGCAAUGAAACGGCUAAUUGGGAAGACCAAAAAGUCUUCGACUCGCAGCACUUCACCUAUCUUUCCCGGUGAGAGGCAAAAACUUCUCGAGAAGAGGCAGGAACUACUGGCCUCUUUGCGCUUCGACCAGAUCUACGCACGACAAACAACAAUCCAAGAUGCUCAUUCUACCACAUGUCAGUGGCUUUUAAGCAAGCCAGAGUACAAGAAGUGGCUGGACCCAACUAAGUCGGGUGAGCACCAUGGCUUUUUCUGGAUCAAAGGACAUCCCGGGACCGGCAAGUCCACGCUGAUGAAGUUUGCAGUCGAACAUGUCGGAAAUAGCUUAACAGACAAAAUCACAAUCUCCUUCUUCUUCAAUGCGCGAGGAGCGCAACUGGAAAAGUCCACUACAGGGGCAUAUCGAUCGAUACUCCUGCAACUACUCGAGAGACUUCCUAGGCUGCAGAACGUGUUCGAUUCGAUUCCGCACUCAACUGUCCUGACGAAGUAUCCAUGGGACCUCGUAACCCUCCAAAGAUUGUUAAGAGAAUGCAUACGACGACUUGAUGGGACCUCGGUAAUUUGUUUCAUCGAUGCCCUGGACGAAUGUGAAGAACAGCAAGUUCGCGACAUGAUAUCAUUCUUUGAAUCAGUUGGAGAGAUUGCAUCAAAAGCCUCACUCGGCCAUAACUUCCAUAUAUGCUUCUCAAGCAGACAUUAUCCACAUAUUACGAUCAAGAAGAGCUUGGAGCUAAUCCUCAGUGUGCAAGCAGAACACAAUCUGGACAUCUCAAACUAUAUAGAAUGCGAGUUGAAGAUUGGCAGCGGCAGGAUUGCUCAGCAGAUCCAAAGCAUUCUUCAAGAGAAAGCAUCAGGAAUAUUCAUGUGGGUUGUGCUCGUUGUGAGGAUCCUGAACAAAGAGCACGAUUCCGGCCGGCCGUACGCACUGAAGCGGAGACUGCGUGAGAUACCAGCCAGCUUGCAUGAUUUGUUUCGCGACAUCAUCAUGCGCGACUCUAAUGACAGGAAAGAACUCGCUCUCUGCGUCCAAUGGAUUCUUUUUGCAGCACGCCCAUUACGUCCUGAGGAGCUUUUCUUCGCAGUGCUUUCUGAACUGGAACCUGAGAUUUUGUCAACGCUGGAUCCGGCGGAUUAUGCCUUGAACGUCACCCAGAAGUUCAUAACAAACGCAUCAAAAGGUCUUGCUGAGGUCACGACAUCUAACUUCAAAGUGGUCCAAUUCAUCCACGAGUCAGUCAAGGAUUUCCUUUUGAAAGAAGGUCUUGAAAAUAUUUGGCCCGAACUUGGUAGCAAUAUACAGGGCCAAAGUCAUGAGCGGCUGAAGCAAUGCUGUCUUGGCUACAUGGGCAUUGAGGACAUCACUCAUGGAUUGCUUCCCAAAUGCGAUAUGUUGUCCAACUUGAGCCUGGUACCAGGUCUCCGCAACGAAGUUACUGAUGGGUUUCCAUUCCUUGAGUAUGCUGCUGGUCAUUUCUUGUAUCACGCAGAUGCGGCGGAACUUUUCGGCGUCUCUCAGAAAAGUUUCAUCCGGAAUCGACAAAUAACUUCGUGGAUCAGGCUUCACGACAUUUACCCCUCCAAUUUUGCAAUCGGACACACACCAGAAGUAACAUUGCUUUAUUUACUAGCGGAGCACAACCUUUCGAACCUCAUAAAGCUCCUCGCGAUCGAUCUCGCCUCGGAGUGUCUGGAUGUGGGUAAAGAACGCUACGGACCGCCGCUGUUCGCGGCUGUGGUGACAUCGAGUAACGAUGUUGUCGAUCUUUUCCUGGAAAGCCUCGCAGUCAGUCAACAUUGUAGUAUCACCCCGCAUAACACUGAACGGGGAUACCAUAAAGAGGAAUGGGCGCUGCAGGCUAUGGGUCAUGAUUUCCAAUUUCCUCAUCCAAAGACCGUACUUUGUUAUUUGUCCGAGCUUGGAGAUAGUGCAAUGCUAAGUCUACUCCUGGAACGAACAAAUUUGGAGCCUGACGAAAAAGACCAAGGCGGGCAAACGCCUUUAUUGUGGGCGGUCGAGAAAGGGCACGAGGAAAUAGUCAAGCUGUUGCUCUCAACGAAGAAAGUCGAUGUCGACUGGCCAGAUGCGAACGGGCAGACCCCUCUAUCGUGGGCGGCCGAAAAAGGGCAUGAAGAGAUAGCCAGACUCUUGCUCAAGACGAGUGCGGUUCGUAUCAACUCGAACGACCAGUUUGGCUGGACGCCACUGUCAUGGGCGGCACGCAAUGGGCAUGAAGGUGUGGUGAAGCUGCUGCUCGAGACGCACAAAUGCUGUCAUGACCUAAAGCUCAAAGACGAACAUACUCCGUUGUGGUGGGCUGAAAGAAACGGACAACACAACGUGGCAAAGCUUCUGAAAUCGCAUUCUCAUGGGCCCUGUGUGAUUUCGAUUUGAUAGCAUUUCCCGGACCUCAGAAAGCAGCCCAAAAAGCAACGGAAAGAUCAGAGUGGCCUCGGUAAUUUGUUCUAUUCAUCGAAGAAAACAAAGAAACGGUCUUUUCUUACCUCCUAACUCACUGAUAAUAACAACAAAACUCAAACUAUAUAAACAACCUUAUCGCUAUAUAUUACACCCCUUCUCCACC